AUGGACCUUACGCACAAGAACCUGUUAUCUACUUCACCAUUACCUUCACCAUCCGCCACUGAGCUUGAGGAGGAUGAUCCCUCGGUCAAACUUCAACCUUCUAAGUUAGAGGAUUACUUUUUCCCUUCUCAUAGGCUUAAAACUCGUCUCGAAGAAAUGGCCAAAGAUUACAUACUGGAGAACACGAAUUUUGAAAUUAUGGGUGGCUAUUACUCCCCCGUGUCCGAUCAUUACAUCAAAGAAGGACUUGCACCUUCAUUUCACAGGGUUCGAAUGUGUGAGCUCGCGGUAGAAAGAACGUCCCAAUGGCUGAUGGUUGACGCCUGGGAGAGUUUGCAAGGCGAAUACACUAGAACCGCUUUAGUAAUGGAUCACUUUAACGAAGAGAUAAACUUGAAGCGUGGAGGAAUUAUGAUGGCAAAUGGUAAUUCUCAAAGACGAAAGGUUAAGGUUAUGCUUUUAGCCGGGGGUGAUCUAGUCGAAACGUUUAAACCAAAUCUUUGGCUUGACGAUGACCUUCACCGCAUUUUGGGAGAUUAUGGGGUCCUUGUGGUAGAAAGAACCGGCGCCGACGUGUGGGGAUUUCUGUUAUCACAUGAUAUACUUUAUCAACACAGGAAAAAUGUUUAUGUGAUCAAGCAAUUCAUAUACAAUGAUAUCAGUUCAACGAAAGUUCGGUAUGUCAUCAAAGGUCAUUUCAUUAUUUGA